AUGUUACGGACACCCAGUGCCUUUUAUAGCUUAAUCCCAACAUGGGCCACUAGAGGACUCCAGACCCAAAACCAAAGCUCCUACUUCUCUAAUUAUGCAACAAAGCAAACCUACUUGUGUGUCUGGCCAUUGUGGUCCACUGUAAUCUUUCUGAGCCUCCUCCUGCUCCCUGUUUCCACAGCUACCACUUUAAAGGUUGGGGUGGUGGGACCUUGGUCAUGUGACCCCCUCUUUACCAAAGCCCAGCCUGAUGUGGCUGCACGGUUAGCUGUGGAUCGCAUUAAUAAUGAUCAUUCCCUCUCAAACGGCAUCACAUUUGAUUAUGUCAUCCUGGAGGAGGACUGUGUGACAUCACAGUCUCUCGCCCGUUUUCUUGGUUUUUAUACACGUGCGUCUGGGUUUAUUGGCCUUGUUAACCCAGGUUACUGUGAAGCUGCCUCUCUCCUAGGAAAGAGUUGGAAUAAGGCGGUGUUUUCCUGGUCUUGCAUUGGAUAUGAGCUGGAGGACACGCGGAGUCACCCCACUUUUUCACGCACCAUGCCACUCCCCACCCUUGUGCUGCUGAGCUUCAUGCGGCAUUUUGGCUGGGCACAUGUGGGUGUCAUUUCAUCAGCUGAAGAUGUUUGGGUUGAGACAGGAAUAAAGCUGGCCGAUGCCCUGCGGGCACAUGGAAUGCCUGUUGGCAUAGUGGCAUCCGUUGGUAAUGACCACACCAGUGUGCGUAAGACCCUGGCAAUGGUCAAGAAGGUGAAAGAUCUCCGCUUGGUCAUUCUAUGCAUGCACUCGGUAUUGAUUGGUGGAACAGCCCAAAAGUUGCUAUUGGAGACAGCAUAUGACAUGCGGAUGACAGAGGGUUCAUUGGUGUUUGUACCUUAUGAUACCCUAUUUUACAGUCUGCCCUACCAUCAGGUAGCUCAGCCAGCCCUGCGCCACAACAGUAAACUGCUACGAGCCUAUGAUGCCAUGCUCUCCAUCACUAUUGAGUCUCCAAAGGAAGAAUCUUUUUAUCACGCUUUUGAAAAGGCCCAGGAGCAAGGGGAACUGCCCAGGCAUAUUAAUCCACAACAGGUGUCCCCAUUGUUUGGCACCAUUUACUCCUCUAUUAUGGUCAUGGCUCAUGCUGUACAAAGUGUUAGAGCUUCAGGUGAAUGGAUGUCUGGGGGGAACAUUGCCCAGAAUGCCCGUAACCUGAUGUCGAAAGGCUUUAGCUAUACCCUACAAGCGAAUUCAUCUGGGUUUGGCAUGAAGGACUAUGUGGUGCUGGACACUGAUGGCUUAACUUGGGAGCUGCAGCCUACAUAUCGUAUAGAGUUGCAAACAGAUAUGGUGCGCUUUCUGGGACGGCCGAUUCAUUUCCCUGAAGGUGGACCGCCCACUACAGAUCCCAGCUGCUGGUUUAAACAAGGUGUUAUCUGUAGUGGAGGUGUGAAUCUGUUCCACACGGUUGUAGUUUUCCUCUGUUCUUUUCUGCUCAUCUUCCUUUUGAUUGGCUGUUCUUACUUUAUUAGGCGUAGAAUUUCUCUGAUUCAAAUGUUGCGAGGUCCUAAUAAGAUCUUGCUGACUUUAAAUGACGUCACAUUCAUCAACCCAUCGCUGAGCAAUAAGAAGCUGAGCAUGGACGACAAGGGCAGUGAGAUUAGAGUGAGCGAAAUUUCAGAGCGAAGCCUCAAGUCUCCACUCUCUGAGCAAUCGCCGGCCACCUAUGAGAAUUCAAAUGUUGCUAUAUAUGAGGGUGAUUGGGCAUGGCUGAAACGACUUCCAUAUGGAAACUUCCAGAGUAUCACCCCUUACACCAGUGGUAUUUUUGAGCUGAUGAAUGACAUGAGGCACGAGAACGUUAACACCUUCCUCGGCUUCUUCCAUGACUGCGGAGUCUUUGCCAUAGUAACAGAGUUCUGUUCUCGGGGCAGCUUGGAAGAUCUGUUGCUAAACGAAGAUGUCAAACUAGACUGGAUGUUCAAAUCCUCUCUUAUUAUGGACCUCAUCAAGGGUAUGAAAUACCUUCACCACAGAAACGUCAGUCAUGGAAGACUCAAAUCAAGGAACUGUGUGGUUGAUGGCCGUUUCGUGCUGAAAGUUACAGACUACGGCUAUAAUGAGGUGUUAGAAGCUCAGAAAUUCCCUUAUGCUGAACCUCCAGCUGAGGACCUUCUAUGGACUGCCCCUGAGAUAUUGAGAGGGUCUCACCCUGGUUUGUAUGGCAGUCUCCCUGGUGAUGUGUACAGUUUUUCUAUCAUCAUGCAGGAGGUGGUAAUGCGAGGGCCUCCGUUCUGCAUGCUGGACCAGUCUGUUGAUGAAAUUGUCCAGAAGGUCCGGAAGCCUCCUCCAAUGUGCCGGCCUGUUGUGUCCCCGGAUCAUGCUCCACUAGAGUGCAUUGUGCUCAUGAAGCAGUGCUGGAACGAGCAGCCGGAGAAAAGACCCAAAUUUGAAGACAUUUUUGACCAGUUUAAGAAUGUCAAUAAAGGGAAGAAGACCAACAUCAUUGACUCCAUGUUGCGAAUGUUGGAGCAGUAUUCCUCUAACCUGGAAGAGCUGAUCAGAGAAAGGACAGAGGAGUUGGAAAUAGAAAAACAAAAGACUGAGAAACUCCUCACACAAAUGUUGCCCACGUCAGUGGCAGAGGCUCUGAAGCUUGGCACUACAGUUGAACCAGAAUAUUUUGACAGUGUCAGUCUCUACUUCAGUGAUAUUGUUGGCUUUACCACAAUCUCAGCCAAUAGCGAGCCUAUUGAGGUGGUCGACCUCCUCAAUGACCUUUACACUAUUUUUGAUGCUAUAAUUGGCAAUCAUGAUGUUUACAAGGUGGAGACCAUAGGGGAUGCUUACAUGGUGGCGUCAGGUGUGCCCGUGCCCAAUGGAAACCGUCAUGCAGCUGAGAUCGCAAACAUGGCCCUGGACAUCCUGAGCGCAGUAGGCACCUUUAAAAUGAGACAUAUGCCUGAUGUACCUGUCCGCAUCCGAAUAGGGCUUCAUACGGGUCCGUGUGUGGCUGGUGUGGUGGGUUUGACUAUGCCACGGUACUGUCUGUUUGGAGACACAGUCACCACUGCUUCAAGAAUGGAAUCCACAGGAAUGCCAUACAGAAUUCAUGUCCAUUCUGAUAUUGUGAAGAUCCUGUUGGAUUUGAAACUGGGUUACAAAGUAGAGUUGAGAGCCAGGACUGAACUCAAGGGAAAAGGUAUUGAAGAAACCUACUGGCUCAUCGGGAGGGAAGGUUUUACCAAACCACUGCCAGUACCUCCUCUACUAAAGUCAGGGUAA